AUGGUUGUUUGCAUGAUUCUUUCACGACUAUCUUCUACUAAUUUAAUUAAUAAAUCUUCCCUUCAACAGUCAUUAGUUAAAUCAUUACUUGUUGCUUCACGUCGUAGACUUUUUGCUUCAUGUAUUGAUGCACUUGCAAUUGCUUUUACCAAAUGUUCAGUAUUAGAAGAUAUUCCAGAAUUAUUUAAUUCUCUUAAUGCAACUGUUUUAAGAAUAGUUAAAGAAUCAAUUCCAUUAUUCUUUAAAUGA